UAUGUUUUAGGCUUUGAAGGGGACUGUGAGACACCGCUACACAAGUCUUCAUGGACAUCAAGAUGCUCUGGAUCGCUGCUGCUUUGGUGCUUGUUUUACCAGGUGUGUGUGUAGGCGAGGGUAUCUUACCCCUAGGGCCUCUGAGCGGAGCCGAGGCCGGCAAGGUGACGUUCGCCACGACCCUCCAACCUCCUGAGAGCCCGUUCCUUUCAAUCAGCUGGAGCUUCAAUGGGGCGAACAUCAUCACCUCCACCAGCACUAUCAUAUCUGAGCCCGGGUACGCCAACAGGUUCUCACUCGACCGAGCCACCGGCACCCUGGAGCUCAGGAAGCUGGUGCUGGAGGACAGCGGGGAGUACGCCAUCACCAUCACACCAGACGCAGGGCGGCCGAAAAAGGGGACGGUCACACUCAAGGUGUAUGCACCGAUUACUGGAGCCGUCAUCCGCAGCCCCGAAGAAGCCAUCUUGAUAGAAGACAAAAGCUCCACCAACCUCAGCUGUGAGGCCUCCGGCUCCAUCAGCACCAGAGUGUGGAUGAAGGACAACCAGCCGCUCCAUCAGAGUGACAGAGUCACCUUCUCCGUGGGCAACAAGACGAUGGCCCUGCAACCUGUGGACAGCUCCAACCACGGCACCCUCCAGUGUCGGGUCAGCAACCCAUUCAGCACCAUGACGGCGGAGCGUCACCUCACCGUCAACUAUGGACCACAUAACAUAUCAAUAACUGGACCGUCUGCAGCAGCACCCGGCGAGAGGGUCACACUGGAGUGCACAGCAGACUCCGUCCCACGAGCAAACUUCAGCUGGAUGUUCAACGGCAAUGACACACAUGUAAACAACUCCAUGUACAUCAUCGAGAGGUUCGAGGCAGAAAGCAUAGGGAACUACGUCUGCACCGCCACAAACAUGGUGACCAUGCGGGAAAACUCCACGGUUCUAAAUCUGAGAGCUUCCUGCAGUGCUCCCAGCUGGUCUUUCUUUUUGCUGCUCAUCAACACACUGAUCCUGAGAGGUUUAAAGUGAGAGGAGGUGAGGUUGAUCUAAAGAAAUAUGAUAUAGUCAUCUUAUUCAUUUGUUCUUUCUCACUGUCAUAUUAAUUUACG